AUGACGGCUUCUAAGCUGUAUGUUAGCCUGAAGGGGGUUUCUCCGGUUGAGGUUUGCCACGACAUUCGGUAUGACCAGAAUGGUGAAUCGAUCGUUCAUAUACCAUCUGACAUUUUGAUUAAGAACUCUGAGACAGUUUUGGAUGACCUCAUUGAUUUCGUGUAUCCAAAUAUGUUAUCCAAUUUAUCCGUUGAAAUUUAUUUCAAGGAUAGAGCAAUUCUUGCACCAACUUUGGAUUGUGUCACUGAUGUCAACAACAAGAUGACUACAGGGUUACCUGGACAAGAAAGAGUCUACUUAAGUUCAGACUCUGUGUGUGCUGAAGAGGGAAAUAUGGAAUUUGAGUUAGAUGCUUUCUCGCCAGAGAUUCUAAAUGGAAUAAAUUAUUCAGGUCUAUCAUCACACAAGUUGGUUCUGAAAGUUGGUGCUCCUGUUAUGUUGCUGCGCAAUAUAGACCAAACUAAUGGUUUGUGCAAUGGAACGAGGAUGCAAGUUAGAAGAAUGGGAAAUCAUGUGAUAGAAUGCAAGACUUUAACUGGUAACAAAGUUAGAAGUAUUGUUCUUAUCCCAAGAGUGAAUCUAAUUCCAAAUAAUGAAACAUUGCCGGUCAGGUUUUAA